AGAAAAUCAUCAGCACCACCAUCACAGAGCAAACGAAAUCUUCUAUCCAGUCACGACUUCUAUGACAGCACAUCCAAAAUCUCAAGCACAAGGAAAAGCAUCUCCAUCACGUGCGCCGAGGAAACAGUUCCGUCAUCCCAGGCGCAAACGGAAACAGACUCAUCAAAGACAGCGCACCAGGCACGCUUAGAAGCACCAUACGCCUGGGGAAACUACCUGAUAGACUUGCGUUGUUGUGCCUCUCAGAUCCUGUCACCAGUAUCGCCAGACCACGAACCUCCCACCCUGGUGUCUCAUCAAGCACAACACCAACUCGUACCAAGCCGGACAUGGAAGAUCCGCACCGGAUUUCUCGUCAGGAGACAAAUGAGGGUGGCGGAAGUGAUGAAUCGUACCAAGAGGUCUUAUCAACUUCCGAGAGCGAAGGCAUCGACGACGACUUCCUGGAGGGAAUAGCGACCAACCUGAUCGGAUUUGGACACGAAGACGGUUAUUACGAAGGCGACUCUUAUGACGUCGACGAUGAGCUGCAACGCGAGGCAGAGGCGCAUCCCAGGGUACAGAGCGGCAACAAGUACAUGAAGGGCCCCUUGUUCAAGAUGAAGCUGGAUGAAUUGAUCAAGGACAAGCAAAUGGACAGGAACGACCCUGUGGUGAAGCUGCUGUACGACCACGGCUUCAAUGAGCUCCCCGAAUGGGACCUAUCCACGGCCCAUAGCCUCCGGGGUGAAGUCGCUAGGGCGGUCGCGGGCUGCUGCGAAUCCGAAGACGUGGAGAUCGACAAGCUCGACCCGUGCGAGAGGGUCCUGGCCGAGUGUGUCAUGCACCAUCUCGAAAUCCAGAAGUCGAUCGGGGGUACUAUCGCGUCCUCCGCGCUCCCCAUCCUCGAGGAAUUGACCGACCGACAGUGGGCGCGCGAGUUGUACAAAUACAUCCACCGUGAAUGGCGCCAGUUCUUCCAGCCCGAUCAGGAAGAGCUUCCGGACGUCACCAAGUACCUUUCCAACGACACCCUGCCUAUCGCCCGGGGCGUCUACGUCGCAAUGUUGAUUGGGAAAGUAUCCCCAAAACAACACGACCACCUGUAUGUCGGUUCUGCACUAAACAGCAAAGGAGGCGUUCGGACGAGACAACAAGACAGGAGGAGACAAUAUGACGGUACCGAAGAACCCCAAGUCUUCUUCGACAAGCUGAUGUGCCAAAAGGACCCGACGACCGAGGAACGAGUUCGGGAUUUUCCGGUGUGGGGGAACCCGCUGGCGUUCCCGGAUGAGGCAUUCAACAGCUACACCCGCGGCCUCUUCAUGUUCGUGCUGGGCCGUCUUGCCGAGGCAGUAUUUGCGCUCAGGCUCGGCGCCACGUCCAGGAACUACAUCGCUUGCGACUAA